ACGAUAGGUCUGAUUCCUCCUUCCUCCGGCAUCCAGCUCGAUCUCCGGUCCCUGCUUCAAUUUCCUUCCCACCUUCAAAAUUUUCGAAGCAAUCGGGAAUGGAGUUCGGAACUUGCCUUAAAUCUACCUUCAACCAAACCUCUUUUUUCCUCUGCCGACCGAUUACUCGGCAGAACACUCGCUACCACCGUCCGUGUUUAUCUCGUUCUGCUCCUGCGUCUAUGCGCUGCCGGGCAACUGCUGAAGUGCAUAGGAAUAGGAAGAACAGCUCAUUUGGAACCGUCGAAAAGGUCAAAACAACGUCUGCCAAUAGCUCUUGUGAUUUGGUACUAUCAAGUUUAACAGCUGUAUGCUUGUUGGAUGGCUGUUAUUGGGAUAAAAUUAAGGCCCUGGCUCCGUUCAUGAGCGAGUUUGGGCUCAUUCGCUUUCGAGUUUUAGUUGAGAUUGAGUGGUUGUUAAAGCUUUCAGAAGUUCCAGAAAUCCCCGAAGUUCCUGAUUUCUCUCCGGGAGCGAAGUCGUUCUUACAUGGCUUGAUUGAUGGAUUUAGCUUGGAUGAUGCCAUGGAAGUGAAGGAAAUUGAGAGAGUGACUAACCAUGAUGUUAAAGCAGUGGAGUACUUCCUGAAACAAAGAUGCCAAUCACAUGAAGAAAUUUCAAAGGUGCUUGAGUUUUUCCAUUUUGCAUGCACUUCCGAGGACAUCAACAACCUAGCACAUGCAUUAACACUAAAAGAAGCUAUUAACAGUGUUAUAUUGCCAGUCAUGGAUGAGCUGAUCACAACAAUCACUAACAUUGCCACAAAGAUUUCUCAUGUCCCAAUGCUUUCCCACAACCAUGGGCAGCCAGCUACACCUACAAUGCUAGGCAAGGAAAUGGCCGAUUUUUCAUGUCGGUUAUAUACAACGAGGCAGGAGAUUUCACAAAUUGAGAUGAGAGGGAAGUUUGCAGGUGCAGUUGGAAACUAUAAUGCACAUCUAGUUGCAUACCCUGAUGUAAACUGGCCACAAGUGGCAGAAGACUUUGUAACAUCUCUUGGCUUAAGCUUCAAUCCAUAUGUCUCUCAGAUUGAACACCAUGACUAUAUGGUUCAACUAUUUGAUUCAAUUAUCGGAUUCAACGACAUUUUAAUUGAUUUUAAUCGAGCCAUGUGGGGAUACAUUUCCUUGCCUUACUUCAAACAGAUAACUAAAGAUGGGGAAAUUGGAUCUUCAACAAUGCCUCACAAUGUGAAUCCCAUUGAUUUUGAGAACACUGAAGGAAAUCUAGGAGUUGCUAAUGGAAACCUACGGCAUCUUAGCACAAAGCUACCAAUUUCUCGGUUGCAGAGGGAUUUGACGGAUUCUACUGCUCUGAGAAACAUGGGUGUAGGGUUGGGGCAUUCACUUAUUGCAUAUCGAAAUGCAUUACAGGGAAUUACAGAGCUUCAGGUCAAUGAAGCUGCCUUUACAGAAGAUUUGAACCAAACACAGGAGAUUCUUGCAGAACCUUUACAAACUGUCAAAACAAUGUCUGCGAAUAACUCUUGUGAUUUGGUACUAUCAAGUUUAACAGCUGUAUGCCCGUUGGAUGGCCGCUACUGGGAUAAAUUUAAGGUCCUCGCUCCGUUCAUGAGCGAGUAUGGGCUCAUUCGCUUUCGAGUUUUAGUUGAGAUUGAGUGGUUGUUAAAUUAAAGCUUUCAGAAGUUCCAGAAAUCCCCGAAAUUCCUGAUUUCUCUCCGGGAGCGAAGUCGUUCCUACAUGGCUUGAUUGAUGGAUUUAGCUUGGAUGAUGCCAUGGAAGUGAAGGAAAUUGAGAGAGUGACUAACAAUGAUGUUAAAGCAGUGGAGUACUUCCUGAAACAAAGAUGCCAAUCACAUGACGAAAUUUCAAAGGUGCUUGAGUUUUCCCAUUUUGAAUGCACUUCUGAAGACAUCAACAACCUAGCACAUGCAUUAACGCUAAAAGAAGCUAUUAGCAGUGUUAUAUUGCGAGUCAUGGAUGAGCUGAUUACAGCAAUCACUAGCAUUGCCACAAAGACUGCUUAUGUCCCAAUGCUUUCCCACACCCAUGGGCAGCCAGCUACACCUACAACGCUGGGCAAGGAAAUGGCCAAUUUUUCAUAUCGGUUAUAUACAGCAAGGCAGAAGAUUUCACAAAUUGCACAAAUUGAGAUCAAAUCCCAUGACGAUAUGGCCAAACUGUCUAAAUCAAUUAUCCGAUUCAACACCAUUUUAAUUGGUUUUAAUCAAGACAUUUGGAGAUACAUUUCCAAGCGAUACUUCAAACAGAUAACUAAACCUGGUGAAAUUGGAUCUUCAACAAUGCCUCACAAGGUGAAUCCCAUUGAUUUUGAGAACAGCGAAGGAAAUCUAGGAGUUGCUAAUGGAAGUCUAUCAUAUUUUAGCGCAAAGCUACCUACUCCUCCGUGGCAGAGGGAUUUGACGGAUUCAACUGCUCUGAGAAACAUGGGAGUAGGGUUGGGGCAUUCACUUAUUGCAUAUCAAAAUGCAUUACAGGGAAUUACAAAGCUUCAGGUCAAUGAAGCUGCCUUGACAGAAGACUUGAACCGAUCAUGGGAGAUCCUUGCAGAAGCUAUACAAACUGUGAUGCGAAGAGAUGGCGUCCCCGAGCCUUAUGAAAAAUUGAAAGAGCUAACCCGGGGGAGAACAGUGACAAAAGAAAGCAUUAGAGAGUUCAUUGAAGGUUUGGAAUUACCACCCAAUGCAAAGACAUCUCUCUUGAACUUAGCACCACAUACAUAUAUCGGCGCUGCUGCUGAGCUGGCCAAGAACAUCAAGAGCGUUACUAAAAAUGUUGGCAACAACAUCAAAAGUAGAGAGGCUGUUUCUGAAGAGACUCUGGCUCAGUGUCAAAAGUUGCAUUGAUUGACUAACUGCUACUUCUUAACAUUCAUUCUGUUCGUGUUUUAUUAUGUUAUGUGUCAUCGAUGACAUUUCCAACUACUUUUUGGAUUCUUUCCAUCUUCGAGCAUGCAACUUUAUUUAUCCAAUUCAAUAGAGUAGUCUUAAAAUUGUGUGUAAAUAUUUUUAAAAUACGUAAGCCGUACAAUUUAAAUGUAGCAAUAUUUAGAUCUUGAUGAUAUUACUUACGAAGUGUAUAUUUUAUUUCAUGAUAAAUUUGAAUACCAUUA